AUGCCAAGCUGGAGGAAAGGGAAACGCAUCGGCUACUGCCUGAACGAUAAGAAGAAAAAGAAACUGAACUUCCAGGGCUUUGAGGAUCUCUGCAGGAAACGAGGCUAUGAAGUCAUUGAGAUUGACUUGGCCAAACCCCUCCGUGAGCAGGGCCCCUUUGACGUCAUCAUCCACAAACUCUCUGACCUGAUCCUCGAGUCGGGCUACGACAGCCAGUCUCACCAGCUCAUUCGCGACUUCCAGACCUAUGUGGAAACCUAUUCCAGCAUCAUCCUUCUUGACCCAUUUCCAGCUGUACGGCCGCUCCUGGACCGCUUCGAAUCCUAUCGCCUCCUCCGGGACCUUCAGGAUCAAGACAGCUGCAUCUUCUCCCCGCCCUAUGUGGAGCUGAACAGCGGGACUGAGCGGGAGGCGGCGGCGUGGAUCCGGGAGCAGGGCCUCACCUUCCCUUUAAUUUGCAAAACCCGGGUGGCUCACGGACCCAGCUCCCACGAGAUGGCGCUGAUCUUCAACGAGGAGGGGCUGGAGGAGGUGAGCGCCCCCUGCCUGCUACAGAGCUUCAUCAACCACGACGCCGUCCUCUUCAAGGUCUUCGUGGUGGGCUCCUCCCACUUCGUGGUGCGCCGGCCGUCCCUGAAGAACUUCCCGCGAGGGGAAUCAGCCAGGAAAAGCAUCUUCUUCAACAGCUGCAGCGUCUCCAAGCCAGAGUCCUGCUCCCGCCUGACCGAGCUGGAUGAGGCUACGCUGGAGCCUACCCCACCCUCCGACAACGUCGUCUGCCGAGCCGUGCGGGGCCUGCGCUCCGCCCUGGGGCUCUCUCUGUUUGGGGUGGAUCUGAUUGUGGAGAAGCAGACGGGGCGGUGUGCUGUCAUAGACGUCAAUGCCUUCCCAGGUUAUGAAGGUGUCCCAGAGUUCUUCUCAGCCCUCCUGAACCAUAUCGAGACGCUGUUGGAGAGCCACGAGCAGGCGGCCCGGGGCAGGGUGCUUAUGGCUGAGUAUUCCUUGCACCAGCGGGCGCCACACGUGGACACCGCCCAGGAGAGCACCCACGACACUGACCCGAGAGCUCCUUGGCUGGCCAAUUCCCUCGAGACGCCCAAGUCAGCACCAGCUGAGAGCAGUUUCCUCACCCUCACCGUCCUGCCUGCCAUGCUGUCCCGGCACUGA